CCUGCGCCCAUUGUCCGUCGAGGGUUCUUUACUUUCGGCCGCCCCGUGCUUCAGCUCAUUCCCCCUGCUGCGCUGUGCUCCCGAGAUGAAGUCUCAGGCAACCUAACCCCGGAAGAUGCAUCGAAAUCGCAUCGAGAAUGCACCAGCUGACGACAAAAUUGAUUAUUUCGAAAUGAUGGCGCCGCCUUUAUGAUACAGCACAAAGGGCUUUGUAUGGGCUUCGAGAACAAACACCCCUCAAUGCCUCGAGGACUCGGGACACGAGCCGAGCGCUGGGGUAUAUAAGCUGGCGCCGCUCCAUCUCUUUCGCGCCGACCGCCCUCUUUGUGUUGUGAAUUUUCCCAAAGCACCUUGCAACCUAAACUCUCUGCUAUGGACAUGGACGUCUCACACUACCCUGCCUCUGUGAGUUAUAUGCCUGCUACGCCACAGCUGGGCGAUACACGAGGCGGUGGCAUUCUUACUUCCUCGCAUCCCCUUGCCACUCACGGUGAUACUGCCACCCAUGACGUCUUCUUCACUCAUGCCGGCCCUUCUGUCUCUGCUGCACCUGUCCCCGUCAUCCCUUCCGCUACUCCCUCUACCACCGACGGCGUCGCUACUACCCAUCCCCUCGCAGCCGAGGCGACCGAGAUCACCUCCGAUGACGCCUUCUCUGCUCAACAGUCUGUCCACCAGCCCACCGCCCAUCAACCCACAGCCCAGCCUGCCCCCACCGUUCCUAAUGCCAACGCUGUCCCCACCCCUUCUAAUGCCAACGCUGCCCCCAACUCCCUUCGCCGCCGCGGCCGCCCCCUCGGCGUCGGGCCCCGCGCGCACUUCGAGGCCCUCCGCGUCUGCCAGAACCCCGCGCUCCUUCAGAAUGGCAACGACGCCGAGAUCGAGCUCGAGCGCCUGCGCAAGGAGCGCGAGCAACGCGAGAUCGAGGAGAGCCAUCGGACGCUGUACAAGUACGUGCUGGAGAACGAGCAACGGCACGUGAAGGCGAAGAGCUUCGAGGCGUCGGUUUUGGAGCAGGCCCGGUUGAAGGCGCUCAAGGAGAAGGAGGAGAAGCUGAAAAAGGAGCAGGAGAAGGCACUCAAGGUCAAGGCGAAGGGGGGAAAGAGGAAGGUCAAGGCGCUUUCGCCUGAGGAGGCGGAACGCAAGGCGAAGGAGGCGAAGGAGCGCGAGCUCAAGAGGCUGGCGAGAACGCCGAAGCGUCCUCCGCCGAACCACGGAUAUGACACGCGCCUGAAGUGCAGGUGGGAAAGCAGCGGGAGCUCGAGCAACUCGAUCGGGACGAUGGAGACUACUGCUUCGUUCGUUGAUGAUGCUAUGGUCGUCGACGAGGACGGCCUCGACUCUCCGCUCACCUCUGAGGAUGAGGUCGCGCGCCAGGUAGAGGAGGACAGGAAGCGUUUUAUGGCCGCUGCUCCCGCUGCGCCUGCCGCCCCUCCCGCGUCCGCUCCUCCCGCUCCUGCUGGUCGUUUCGCGGGUCCCGGCCUCCGCGCCGCGCAGGCCGCCCGUGCGGAAGCUCACGCCGCAAAUACCCAGGCUGCUGACGUCAACGCGAUGGACACCAGGCCCGACAACGGCGACGUGCCGACCGAACCCGAGGACGAUGCGCGCCCCGGGCCCAAUGGCACCGAUCCCGCCGCCGACGUGCCCACCGAACCUGACGACGGCGCACGAACCGAGCCCGACAAUGACGAGGGUCGCACGAAUGCCGACGAGGAACGGCGCACCACUCAGUACCCCAAGUGGAAGGGAUGGGUCAACCUCGACGAGGCGCGAGAGACGGGCCUGCUUCCGUAUUGCACGCUCCCACCAGAAUGGGCGCGCGCGAAGGCAUUCCCGCUGCAGCGCCAGAAGACCGAGCCUGACUUGGGCGUCGCUUGAUUUUGAGCUAAGCGUGUGUACUUCGUCUACUAUUGGUCCGUCCUGUUGUUUGCAUCCCUGUUUGUUGUACUAUGUCUCGCGCGCUCUGUAUAUGCUGUGAUGCUACUGUAUCAUGCCCUAGCUCUUUUCUCACCUAUGCCACCCUUGCCAUUGUCAACGCAUUACUUGACAGAUCUAGACUACGUUAGUAGUGCUGUAUAUACUGUGCUCUAAUAAUGCUAAAUGUCACUCUUCGAUGUCGGUGUC